UGUUUAUCAGAAAUAAAAAUGUAUAUCCGUGUGAUAUGUGUACUUUUUAUAAGUUCCUUGGCACUUAGUCAAGGUAAUGUCCUGCAGAGUACAGUUAAUGUGAAAAAACUGCAAGGAAUCUUAGAAGAAGGUUUGAAAAGUAAAGAUGUAGGCGCUCUUCACUUUGCGAUCAAAGGAUUGAAGCAAAUCAAUGCUAAAAUACCUGAAGUCUGUGAUGUUUUGAAAAGUUUAAAAUAUGACAUUUCCAACUUAGAACAAGUGUUUUAUAUAACCAAUGCAGCUGCCCUAGCAAACUGCCUGACCGUUUUGAGCCCAGAGCUUCUUGGCACUCCAACAAGGACUCUGGACAAAAAAGAUGCUACUCUACAAGAAAUAUACUAUGCAGUAUAUUCAUUGAAGGCAAUGGGCAAAGGCACCAUCAUGGAUAAAGAGGACUCCCUGAAGAACCUUAUACAAUUGUUGAAGAAAGAUGACUCACCUGCUAAUUAUGGCUAUGUGUUUGCCCUGUGCGAGCACAUGGGUUGUGGUGCAUGGACAGCAUCACAUGCUGAAGGUGUGCUACUAGCAGCUGAUGAGACAGAUGCCCGCGCGCUUCACUUUGAUGGUGGACUGCCUGCCACUGCACUCAUACUAGGCAGCAUAGCAAGGACAUAUAAAAGUUUAAAGAAAGCAUCACCUCUGAGUGAGGAGCAGCGCUACAAGUUCAGCAACUAUGUCUCUGGGAGGUCGGUGAGCACGCCCCGCGGCGCUGCACUGAUGCUAGAGGCAGCCACUGCGCUUGCCGAUGACGAGCCAUCUCCUAUUUGUAUUGUGAUCAAAGGCAAGAAAUAUGUGACCUCUGAGUCAGACUCUGUAGAGAUUUCGAUCACUGACCUUAUUGGCCGUCCAGUGCGCGGCUUGAAGCCUGAAGAAGUCGUCGCCCAGUCCGCAACCCGCCUCGCUGACGACGUGGUCGUUUUGUCCAAACAACCACUAACUCAGAAAUCCAAUGAUCCAACAACUUUCGUACUUAACCUCGGCAAGAUUAAAGCUCAGUAUGGUCUGUACAAGAUAUCUCUCAGUGCUGGCUCUAAAACGGCCAACCUGAAUGUAGCUGUGCUCGGUGAGAUUCAAGUCAGUAGCUUGGAAGUAGGAAUCGGUGAUGUUGAUGGCACCACCAGUCCAAAGAUCACCACAAUCAAUUACCCCAACAAACUGACAGAGGUACUCCAAGCUGAUCACAUGCAGAAGGUAAGCUUGAAGUUCAGUGUUCGCGACAAGUACAACAAUCCAGUGUCAGUGCAGCAAGCGUUUGUACGUAUCGCCCCCGCACACUCCGCAGCCCCCGCUGACCUGGAAGCCAUCUUUGUUGCCGAGCCCAGUGCUAAAACAUACAGGGUCGAACUGAACGUAGGCGCAAUCGCAAAGCACCUGAACCACCAGUCGGGCGCGCACUCGCUGACGCUGUACCUGGGAGACAGCGCCGUCUCCAACCCCAUCGCAUGGCAGCUUGGCGACAUACACUUUAACUUCGGAAAGGACACCAAUGCCCUCGGUGCAGUAGUUAGCGAGAGCCGGCAGUCCCGAGCUCGUGGUCCACUACCGGAGAUAGUGCACCAGUUCCGAGAGCCGGAGGCGCGGCCGGCGCGAGCUGUAUCGGAUGUAUUCGCGGCGUGUUGCGCAGCGCCGCUGUUGCUGCUGCUGGUCAUGUGGGCCCGUCUCUCACCCCGUCUACGUCUACCUCCCAUGCCUGUCGCCCUAGUCUUCCAUCUUGCUCUAGGAGGCUCGCUGGGAUUGUAUGUUCUACUGUGGCUGCAGUUGUCGAUGUUUGCGACACUGCGCUACCUGGCGCCACUCGCGCUCCUCACCUUCCUCUCCGGGCACCGGCUGCUGCGCCGCCUUGCUCAGGACAAGCAGACACGCUAACACCCAAUCAUAUACUCACAUUUACAUAAAUACAUAAUUUAUUAUUUGAUUUCAACAUUG